AUGCGACGUGAGAACCAAUUACCUGGCGCGUUUGAAGAUUGCCUCGUGCAAUGGAGGCCGGAGCACAGGGUAAGUCCACGCACACAGACGAUUCAGGUGACGCGGAGAAAGAAGGUGCCCUUCGCCGUCCUCUUUAUCGAACAAAAAGCGCCAACAGCGCGUCAGCUUCGAGUUCACCAGCGCUUAAUGGCGGAGGUGUUGAAAAAGAGGACAAGGGAAGCCGCCAUGAUUAAUUGCGAUGGCGCUGACAUUCACGGGAAGGGCACGUUCACGUGA